AUGACAGAGUACACUUUUAGAUGGCCACAAGGUCCCAAUGAUGUUUUAAUAACAGGAGAUUUCGACAACUGGAGUGGAAGUUUGCCUCUGGUGAAAAGCCCCAGAGGAGACUUCGCCAUCACCAUGCCUAUCCCACAGACUUCGAGCGACAAGUUCCACUUCAAGUUCAUCGUCGAUGGCCAGUGGCAGACCAGCAACGAGUUCAAGACGGAAACGUCGCCCGAGGGCAUCGAAAACAACUGUUUGAUUGUUUCGUCGAUUGCUGCAGCCAAAGCAGCGGCCUCGAGCCCCAGUGGUGGCGCGACAGGCAGCAAAAUCCCUGAGAUUGGUCUCAAUCUGGUCGCACCGGAAGUGGCAGCGCCCGUGUUGGGCACCCAAGCUCCUCAGAAAGCACAGCCUGCUCCUGGCUCCAACAAAAAGAGCAAAAAAAAGAAGAUUCAAAUCAAGCGUAGAAUUCGCAGAAACAAAAAAACCGGCGAAAGAACGGUCCUGUCCGAAGAGAGAUCGGAGGUCAAGUCUGGCACGGACACGGACACGUACGAGACCGAAGAGACUGCCACCGCCACCGCCACCUCAAGAGAGCAGACUCCAUUGUCGGCGGAAAUCGUUCCUAUUGUUGGCGAGACCAAUCGCGAAAAUGGCUUCCAAAGCACCGUGAUGCCCUCACAGGAGAACCAGCAAACCACGUUGGGAGAGCCAGGCAUCGUUAUCUUGCCCAACGCCGCUGAAAUCAAAGAAUUCUCUGAAAUCAGAGACGUGGACGGAGACGAGCUCAACGAAAGAUUGAAUCGCGAACUUGCCGCCAAAGACACUGUUGCUGAAGAAGUUGCCGAGCCUGAAGUCGCCGUUGUCGAAAGAGACACAGCACAACCAAUCGGCCUGGACAAAGAAGCUGCUCACGCCGAACCCGAGUUUCCUGUUAAGGAGAAAGACUUGAGCGCACUUAUUUUCCCAGUCGUGGCCAAAGACGAAACUGAACCAGAGGGUCCCAUGCAGGAAAAAGAUGCGAAUGUUGCUGUCGUCCGGGUCAUGGCUCCAACAGGUUUCGAGUCUAAAACUGCAGAUGUCGGCACUGUUCCACCUGUCCCAACUCACGUAGACUCGAAACAAGAAGCCUCUGAGACUGAGCCAGCUCUCAUUGCAGCUGAACCUGUAGAUACUCAAAACGACGCUUUGCCUAUUGUUGAAAAGGUAAGUCCUUUGAAAGAAGCCGGGCUGCCAGAGGCCGAGAAGGACGCGUCCAUCAAGACUGUUCAAAACUUUGACAUCAUGGAGCAAUCUCAACUUGAAACUGAACUACCUACGGAGAACACUGCCGUCGCACAAGAACAUGUCAUUUCAGAAAAAGUGAUAAAAGACGAAAUUAGCCAAGCUGUGGCAGAAAGUCCAGUCGACGGCUCUUAUGCAGCCGAGGCUCCUACGGACGUCGACAUUGUAGUGGUGGAGGGCGAGUUAGACGAGCUGCCAUCAAGAAAAGCUGCUGUUGAGGAACCUCCAGCUUUUGCCGAGGCUCCAGCCUCGGAAGAAGAGCCAAUCGGUGUUGUGAAAGGUGUACCAGAGCCUUCCGACCUCGUAGGCAAGGAAACCGAGGACAACUUCGAGGCGAUUGGCCAGGGCUUAAAAAAAGAAGAAGAAGAGGGGGCCGUGAUCAGCGAACAAAUUGGUGUCAUUACCUCUCCAGAACAAGAAGCUGAGCUUAUCAAGAAAACACUCGAUCCAAAACACGGCAAACCUGGUGAAACCACUGAGUUGCUGGUUGUGGAUGGAGACAUCCCACCUUCUCAAGUUGCAGAAUAUCAAAAAGCUAGUGAGGAAGCAGCUGCACACGCCAUGUUGACCCAAACGCCAGAGGAAGUUGCCAUCCAGCAAGAACCUGCUGUCGUUCAGCAAGAAUCUGUUGCCAAAGAGCCCGUCAAGCCUACGAAGGCGCCCUCUCCUAAACAAAACCCUACUCCAGCCACGCCUGAGAAAAAGAAGAAGAAGAAGGGACUUUUCUCCAAAAUAAAGAAAAUCUUCCACUAG